UGAGGGAGGAGAGAGUGCUUUCUUAAUAAAGACACUUGUCACAACCAUUGGACUUACCAUCCAUUUGCCUUUAGUUUGAACAACUGCCUGCUGCUAAUCCCAAUACUGAGCUGGACAUGGCAUUCAAUGGACAAUGGAAAAUCCACAGUCAGGAGAACCAUGAAGAGUUUCUUAAAGCAAUGGCUGUCCCUGAGAUGUUGAUCAAAAUGAUCAAGGGUGUCAAGCCAACGACAAUAAUUGAGCAGAAGGGCGACGACUUCACCAUCAGAGUUGAGACUCCCCUCCGUACUGUCACCAACUCAUUCACUAUAGGGAAGGAGGCAGAAAUCACUGCCAUGGAUGGGAGAAAGUUUAAGUGUACUGCCAGACUGGAGGAUGGGAAGCUCAUCUGCGAUACAGAGAAGUUCUCCCACAUCCGAGAAAUCCAAGGGGAAAACAUGGUUGAGACUAUCACUGCGGCCUCAACAACCCUCACCAGGAUAAGCAAGAGAGUCUGAUCUCUAAAGCCACAGAGACAAGGAUUACAUGUUCAAUUAAUUCAUUUAAAUGACCUUUUAUUUCAGGUAAUAUAAUAGCUAUAAAAUAUUACAUUAAAAUGACAAAUGACUCGA